AUGGCGAGCGGAUGGAGUCUUUUCGUCGGCCUGAUUGUCAUCGUGGCUCUCUGUCUAGCUGCGUGGUUCUUUAGCCCCAAGGGCGAAAACCAGACUGUCUGGCGCAGCACACUUAUCCUCUCUAUCGUAUCUUGUUAUUUGAUGUGGGCAAUCGUCUUCAUGGCCCAGCUACACCCCCUUAUCGCGCCCAAGAGAGCGGAUAUGCGGCCUGACCGGGUACCAGAGUAA